AUGGAAUCAGCUAUAUUGAUGAUAUUACUGAUAAUAAUUAUCAUGUCAAGAUUCAUUUUAUGGUCCUGCUUCAGUAGGUACAUAGAUUAUAAACUUGCUCAACGAUUCCCUGAAAAUAAAUAUAAAAUAAAAUAA